CUUCAGCCGGAAGCAAAGUAGAACAAACAACAAAUGAACAAUGAGUGGCAUGACUCUCAUCGUGUAGAUCUGUACAGAUAUGACAACAAAACAUCCAUAGAAUCCAGAGAAUGUUUUUGAUGAGAAAACUUGGAACACUUUCCAAAGCAUGUGCAAACAUAAAUGUUAACAAUUUGACUGGAGGGCUAUUCAAGCAACAGGAAUACCAAGCAGUAAGCUUUGUAGUCUCUAAGCUGUUUCAUGGAAGUCCAGUUAAUUUCCAAGAACCAGAACAGGAUGCUGUGACAAUUGGAGUGGGGGACAGAAAAUAUGAACCUCAGUCGCCAUACAGAAGACUAUGGCCUAAAAGAUUCCAGUUUGUCACUAAAACUAGAUCUGGACCAACUUUACCCAGAGUUGACAAAGCAGUUUCAAAUAAGCUACCAUUCAAAUAUAAAGAAGAUUCUGUACGCUGGGCAUUACAAGGAGCUAAUGAUUACAUAGAUAUAUUAGGAGAUGGAGACAUUCAUCCUGUAGAUUUAAUUAAAGGACCUCCCUAUCUGAUUGGUUUUAACGCUAAUGAGUUAGGUAGACUCAACAGAAAGCUCAGAUUUGAGGGGAGAUUCAUCGAAGAUAAUUAUCCAUCCAAACUCGAAAAAAUUUUGAAGAGGAUUAGAUUUUUAAAGAAAAAGUACAACUACAGAAGAGGAAAGCGAGUCAGAAAGAGGUUUAAGUACCGUUAAGUGAUGAGAGACUAAACUUUAUAUUAAAAAUAAUAAAAUCUCAAAUUCUAUAUGAAA